UGUUUUUCACCUCAAAACAGCAACCGUAAUGUGAACUACAACGGGCGAAACUGUAACCGUUAGGUGAUUUGUCCCACAUUGAAAGUUAGCUUAACGUCCGUCGCGUUGCUACAGCUAGCAGAGGGUGCCGACCCGGGGCAACAUGGCUAACUGUGUGGCUUUCCAGAGCAAGUUAACCUCGAUCAUGGAGAUGCUAGCUAAAGCCGCCGUGGUAGAAAUCGGCAAACUGUGGGAGGACGGCUUCACGCUCGUACAGGUCGAGCUUCGGCGGAGAGAGAAUGAAAUUGAAGCCCUGAACAGAAAGUUGAUGCUGAUGGAAAACGAGCGGUUAACGGUCUUGUCUCAGGCUCAGACUACAAAUCUGUCUCCAUCAUCUUCCUCCAAGAGAGAGCAGCAGAACAAGCUGCUGCCGCCUAGCGGUGAUGGGCCGAUAAUAGAUUCAGUCCAGACGUUGUCUUCUGAUCAGAGCGUCAGAGAGAAGGCGGACACCGUAGCCAAUUGCAGAACACCGCCACCUUCACAGGCAGAGGAGAAACAAUGUGAGCAGCUCAAGUCUGACCACUGCGAAAGUGACGUCAGAGGUGACGAUGACGAGGAGGACCUAAUAGUCAAGCUAGAAGACGAGGACGACGUCCAGAUUGUGGAGCAGAUAGUGGACUCUGAUCACAGUGUUCGUGAUGGAGAAGGUCGCCAUGAGAUGGAGCUGAACCUCCACCCUGCUGAGGUUAUGGAAGAACAAGAGAACCAGCAGUGGUCGUCAGUUUCCGUGGGGGACAGCGACGCUGCUGAUGACUCGGACUGCUUUUUCGAACCAAAGCAGCUGUCACAAAAUCUGGACUCAGAAAUCCUGCUCAUACAGAACGCUUUGGAUAUUUUUGAUAAUUCUGCGGAGACUGCGUACUCUGACAGGUUUAUGAGGAAUAAUGGACAAGGGGCAUCAAGUAAAUCAAGGGCUCCAGUGCCUUUUAGCCAAGCUCAACCGAGUCAGCCUUUAGAAGCAAUAAAUCACCCAGAGAGAGGAGUGUCCAUCAGAUUCCUCUCAGACAAACAGCCACAAACUAAAAACACAUCAGCUUUCAACCCAGACAGCCGAUUGUUCCUCUUAAAUGACCCAGAGUUGCAUAAAACUAUAGCGAAUCGCCGCAUUAAGGAGAAAUGGUUCAUCUGCCCGUUCUGCGGCAAAAGCUUCGAUCGCAUCAGCCAUCUUGAGAUUCACCAGCGAAUUCACACGGGAGAGAAACCGUACACCUGCGACACGUGCGGCAAAUGCUUUUCUCAGAGGAGUAACCUUCGCACUCACCAGCGGACUCACAAGGAGGCUCUAUCCCAAAACACAGUUUGAUCCAGUAGACUUAAAAGAAGAUGAAAAGCUAGAAAUAUCUAAUGUCUAGAUUAAUUAACAAAUUCUCUUUGUAUUUUGAUAUUACUGAAAAGUAAUGUAGCCGACUGAUUUUACUGUGCACCUCUUUUUUUCUUUAGAUAUUCUAACUUUGACGUAGCUUUAAUUGUGAGGACUAAUUUUGGUACUUCUGUUACUGUUUGAAAAUCCAGCCAGUUCAGAGAUUCAUUUAAAACAAAGCAUUUUGGGACAUCCCGCCCUGGUGACAUAGCUGAAUAUUCAUUUCUACAGGUUAUACAUACAGACACAAAUUGGUCUUUGAUAUUUGGUUGGUUGAUGUGAGUCAGUGUGGAUCAGAGAAGGGUGGAGAGCAAACCUCUGUAUGUAUGAUCGAUCCCUUAGCAUUACUGUUUUCCCAUCUAUUGUCCAUUAUCAGGUUCCCAGUGAAAAUCAAGCAAGUCGAGCAGCUCAGAUAUGCAUCUAAAUCAUAAAAUAAUCUGUUGCAAAUUGUCCUUGAAUUGAAGGAUAAUUCAGGAUUUCUCAAUCCUGGUCCUGGAGUACCACUGCCCUGCAUGUUUUAGAUGUUUCCAUGCUCCAACACACCUGAUUCAAAUGCUCAGCUCGUUACUGGGCUCUGCUGAGGCCUGAUAACCAGCCAUUCAUUUGAGGCUUGAGAAACACUGCUUUAGAGGAUGAUACUGAACUCACACGAGAGUCUAGUACAUGAUGCCACAGUCUAGUGACUAGACUGUGGCAUCAUGUAACAGAGAUCAUUACACAAUGACCUGUGUCGACCUGUGUGUUACUGCUGAAACAGGGAAUUUGAGAAUUUGAGGACAGUCAGGAGAGAAAUCUCGGACGCCUCAUCUCAGCUGAAUUCAACUUUGCGUCUUUACAUUAUAGCUGCUGUUUAUUUGUUUACAGGUCAAUAACGUCAGACGGGAAUUAGACUGCUGGACUUCUCCAGUAACUUAUUAUUGUGGUUUCCCACUGAUCCCCAGGUUCUCCAUAGCAUGCUGGGAGAUGUAGGACUUCUUGUAGGUUGUCCCAGGUGUAGUAGCUCAGACUCUCCACCGGUCAUUCAUCCACUGGUUCUCUUCCACCAGCUCUGUAUCCACUGUAAACAGGGGGAAACAGCUAGCCUGGCUCUCUGCAAAGGUUACCCACAUCUCUAAUGUUUGCCACUUAACAUGUUCAGUAGUCCAGCAGCCUAUAAAUCCACAACUUGCCUUUUUUUUACACUUUGGCUUUUGUACAGAUUCAGCUAACAACAUAUAACUUGUUAAUAAGUGAGCUUUGGAGGUGGUGGUAGGUAGAUUUUAUUCCUGUUGAUCAGAGCCAGGCUAGCUGUUUCCCCUCACUUACAGUCUUUGUGCUAAGCUAAGCUAACCAGCUGCUGGCUAUAGCUUCAUAUUUACUGUACAGACACGAGCGUGGUGUUAAUCAACUUAUCUAGCUCUCUAAAAGAAAGUGAAUAAGCGGUUUUUCCAAAAUGUCGAGCUUACACAGGUUCUCUGUGAUUACUGUACUCUCCCUGUCACACAGAGUGACACCAGCCACCCUGUGAAAGUGCACUUUUUUUCUACUUGUAUCAACAAUCUCAAUUAUUUCAGUCCAGUCCAAACCGGGAAUCACUACCGUCUCUAAUGCAAAUGCUACAUUAGCAUUGUGGCAGCUGCAAUCAGUGACAGCCUUUACCCUCGUGCUGAGCUGAAACCAGCUUCAUUGUUCCAGGUUACAAUAAAGAACAAUGAGCAGUGGUGGAAUGUGAAAGAACAUUUCCUCAAGUUCUUCACUUAACUACAAAUUUGCAGUACUUAGCUUUUACUUGAGUCUUUUCUUUUCAGGCCACGUUCCAUUUCUGCUCCACUGCAAUUCACAGGGAAAUAUUGUGCUUUUUACUCCACUGCAUUUAUCCGACAGCUUUAGUUACAAGUUAAUUUAUAACUUAAGAGUUUUACAAUAAAAAAAAAACAUAUGAAGAGUUUAUGAAAUGUCUUCUACCCAACAGUGUCCGUAGUUGCUGCUUUUCCUCGUAGUUAAUCAUUUUAUUUGUAGUACUUUUGAGGUUUUUACUAAUAGUACAAACCACUAAAGUACUAAAAGUUGGGCAAAACAACAAUGUGAAGGUGUCAGUUUGGGUUCUGGGUAAUUGUGACAGCAACAAUCAAGUCAGAAAAUAAUCAGCAGAUUAAACAAUUAUGUGAACAAUUAUCAGUUACAAAAUAGUUCAAAAUGAGCUCCACCUGAAACAAAUACAGUAAAAUCCCGCUUUUACAUGAAUGCAUGAGUCAUAGUAAUGUUAUGAUAAAAUAUCAAUGAGUACAACAGUCACAGGGGACAUUUUUCUGCAUUGAGUACUUUUACUUUUAAUACUUCAAGUAAAAUUUAAUGAUUCUACUUUUCAGUAACAUUUUCAAUGCAGGACUUGUAACAGAGUAUUUCUGCAGUUUGGUCUGAGUACUUUUACUGAAGCAAAGGUUCUGAAUACUUCUACCACCGCUGACAGUGACUUUGUUUUUAUGCCGUACUUUUAUGAAUAAACAUUUCAA